CUGAGCCUUCGCGGUUUCGCAUUUCGCAUAUCAAAAAAAGAUCAGCACGUCGUGAUCUUACUCCUACUAUCCCAAAACGCAAGUAAUCGAGGCUGCUCAGCUUUGACGAUCUAGUGGAGGAAUUGGAAAUUCUUACAAGCCCGAUACCCAUUUUUCGAUCAACAACACAAUUGAAGAUGCAGAUCUCAUCGAUGAUCGUACUGGCUGCCAGCGCCAUGUCCGCUGUUGCGCAGACCACCACAGCCACAUCUUACCUGACUGCGACUGUCACUAUCACCAAGUGCAACCCGACCAACACCGCGUGCCCAUUGUACACGCCGUCGACCAGCUCCACGCCAGUGACUACUCCUCCAGCCUACCCAACUUCGUCCAUUGCGACGACUUCGGCUUUCAACACCACCUCAGUCGUAUACCCCACACUGUCCACCAGCAUUCCGGUCACGCUGAACAGCACUUCUUCGGCCUGGUACCCAGUCUCGAACACCACAACCCACGCUGGCCCAACUGCCUAUCCCUCAUUCUCUUCUAGCUUCGUGCCUACCACGUCUGCUACCAAGACUUCGGGAUACCCAACGGGCGAGGCUCCUGCCCCCUCCACGGCAGUGCCCACUGUUCCUGCCAAUGGUGCCGGCAUGGUGUCCAUCAGCUCAGGUCUCCUGAUGGGUGUUCUGGGUAUGGGUGCCGCUCUCCUGGCGUAAGCCUAGAAAGGAACCGUCCAAGCUUGCGACUUGGAUGAUGAGGGGAUCAAUCUGGCUGGCUGGCAUGCUACACCAGGACUACUCCUUCAUUUUUAAUCGCAGCUUAUCUUGUCAGCAUACGACGGCGACAAGGGAAUAUACCCACAGAGAAAUCUGAUUCACUUCGAUUCUAAUACAAUAUUGAUUCUCCGGGGGAAGGACGUUUGAGGCAAUUUUUUAAGGCGGUUUUAACGGAAUUCAAGGAGUCUGGUUAAGUUAGGUUAGCCAACUGGGUACCGAGCAACGACAGCUCUUUCUCUAUGUGUGAUUUCGGACGGGGGUGUUG